CACACCCACUGUAGUAACAGCUUAAUUCUUUCUCAGACUACAGAGAGACUUCCACUCACUCGCCGUGUCAACUGUUAAGUCAGUUCUUCCUUUUGCAUGUCAUCAUGCGUUGGACUCUAGCUGGAUGCUUUGGAUUUGUGUUGAUAAGUAUAUCAGUCGCCCUGAAGAUCAGCCAGAAACCCAGGUUCUACGGAUUAAGACCUCAAAAGAAAGUGCCUAUUUACUGCCAAGUCUCACCGAAAGAUCUGAAAGGCACAGUGGAGUGGUACAAAGCUGACAAAUAUGGCGCAGACAAGAAUAAGAUUGUGCAUAAUGAAAGGAUUCGGUUUGAAAGUCAACUUAUGAUCCAAAACGCUUUCCUUUACUUCAUGGAGCUCAAAGUAGAGGACAGAGGAGUGUAUUACUGCUCAGUAAAUGACACUUUUGGCCCUGGAACUGAAGUACAAGUAGUCAGGCCCUAUGACCCUGUCAAAGCCCAGUACAGAAGCCAGAUGAAGGAUGGCCUUAUUGUCCUGCAGGGCCUGCUAUUGGGUGUUUGUAUCGGUGCUUAUCUGCUGCGUAGACAAAAUCUGGUGAAAGAUAACGACAGCUUAUAUGAAGAGCCUGAAGCUGACCACAUCUAUGAGGGGUUGGCCAUUGAGGCAUGUGGAGGAGGUCUGUAUGAAGAUCUCACGGCGUACGCUCGGGCUGAAGGAGCCGAGGCCCCAUGGGAGUGAAACCGACAUUUCCUGCUGCCCCAUUGAUAUGGAGUACAUAUUCAUCAUUUUCAGUUGUGCAGUGAAAAGCAGACAGACAAGCCUCCUGUCGGGUGUGAAUAUAUCUGUGUUUUACAGAGAAUGGUGCCGUUUUUGUCAUAUGCUUAAACAGUUUACUUCUACAUUUUCCAGCAUUUGCCCAACAAAAUAACAGCAGCUGACAGUUGUGACCCAGCAGGACAGAAAUAUCACUGCUAACUAAAUUUAAAGGACAUCAACACAAUUCAAACAACAACAAAGAACCUUCAUUGGUGGUAGUUGUAUGAAUGCAUGAAUUGUGUCUCAGGGUAGGUUUGUAAAUGUUAUGGGGCUUUUUUUUAAUCGGAACAGUAGAGUCAUUAUCUUCAAGUUUGAUCCGUCUUAUCAUUUCAGAUUCUGGAUUAGGAAUGACCAAAUGAUUCUUUACAAAACAGUAAUACAGUCUUUUAAUUAAUGACACUGUAAUCUCAGGUAGCAUGCUUUUGGCUGAUUUUUGCAUUGAUAAUUUUAUACGUUUUAGUGUUUGUGAAAGAAAUUGUUUGCUCUAACAUCUGAAAUUUCUGCAGAUUUUAUUUAAAUUUUUUUUGGGUGCUUUAUAUAAUUAUUUGAUCAACUUUGUUGUAUCUCAUUUUGUUACCAUUUUGUCACAUGAUAGCAGCAUAGAACUGCUCUCCAUUAGGAAUUUAGCGAGGCUGACUUCAUGUAAAACAUCUGUGUUUAAGAAAAAACAGAUUUCAGGUUGCUUCAUAGGGUGAUUUUUAUUGUUUUUAAAUCAAAUAUUGUUUUUAAAUAAAAUACUGUAUAUAUAUAAAAAAAUUCGUGUCUCAGAAUAUAUUUGAUAGUCAAUUCCAUGUUCUUUAAUACAAAAAUAAUAAAUAAGCAAUUAAAUAAACAGAUCGUUGUUGGAAAAGCUGAGGUUUCAGUUAGAGAUGAACAGAGAAGAAACCAAAUGGUCCGCUCUGAUUAGAUGGAGUUUGAUUUCCCUCCUGAUCAACUCCCAGGCUUCAGCACUGUGGCCCUGUGG